UAUUCAUAUCUUUGCUCACUGUAACCAGAGGCACAGUACUUGAAUUCAGUGCGACUUACAAGACUUACUGAAGAAAACAUCCAGCGAAAGCCAUAUUCAGCGAAGCUUUUGAACAGACAGCCAGGUGAUGGAACUGACAAUAAGACUGCUGGGCGGAGAUGUGAAGCGUCUGGAAGUGAGCGGUGAAGCCACAGUUGGCGAACUGAAGAAACUCAUUUCUGAGCUCUUCAGAGAGCCUCCUUACAAACAGAAGCUGUCUGCCGAGAACGGUUCGCGUAUCAGCCUCGAGGAUGAGUCUCGAACCCUCAGCAGUUACGGGUUGCACUCUGGAUCAGUGGUCAGUCUGCUCAUCACCAACCCCGGACCUUUCCAAGUGUUCGUCAGGAAUGAGGAGGGCCAGACCAAGACGUAUGAUGUUGAUGUCAAUGAGACCGUAGAUCAGCUCCUGGCUAAGAUCAACCGCAAAGAGAGAGUCCCCGUGGACCAGCGCAGACUGAUUUUCAACGGAAGACAGCUGGAGUCUGGCAGAAAGUUGCAGGAAUACGACAUCACCUCAGGAAGCACCAUUCACAUGACUCUCCGUCUGCGAAGUGGAUGAUCGGAUAAAUGUGUGCAAAAAAGGACUAAAAAGUGUUCUCGUUGUAUGUGUCAGUGAUGUAGCUAAAUACGAUAGGCCUACUAUACUCGCUAUCAAAAUGUUGUGGGUUUUUUCUUCGUAAUGUCUAUAGAACUCAUGUAAUUCCAUUGUAGGCUAUUUAUCUGCAGAUGUCUUCAGGGUAACACAUUCAGGUGUCCUUGUUACACGUUACAUGUACUUACUAUUAUAAUAAUUGUAAAUUAUGCAUAAUUACAU